AUGCAUUGUCUCCCAGCCUGUCCUCAGUCUGGUGGCGCUACCCUCUCACCUGCCAUUGUCUUAUACCCUCAUCCGGCGUACGUAGCAGGUCAUAAACUCAGCAUCGUCUUAAUGCAUUCCAAAAUGCAUCGAGGAGCAUUUAUUGUGACCCGAUUGUUGAGACCAGGUGAAAGAAUGAUUCAAAACUCGGGUGCAGCAGAAACCUCGAAAUAG